GCUGCCUCCGCCCCCUUCCGCCUCUCCCCGCGGAACUACAGCUCCCGGGGCGCCCCGCGCCGUUCCCAUGGCGACAGGCAGCCGGGCCCGGGCGGACAGCGGCGAUGCCCAAGGCCGGCGAUACUCUGUGGGAUAUUGCUAGAGACGAAGUGGAGAAGAGAGAAAACUCCGGCGACGAUGGCGAGCGCGUGGAAGUUUGGGAAAAAUCAGUGUUGUUUAUGGGAAGCAAAAACGGGGGGAAGACCACUAUCAUACUGAGGUGUCUUGAGAGGGAAGAGAUUCCAAAGCCAACGUUAGUUUUGGAAUAUACCUUCGGGAGAAGGGCAAGGAGACACAAUGCACCCAAAGAUAUAGCUCAUUUUUGGGAAAUAGGUGGUGGAACCUCGUUAUUGGAACUGGUUCGAAUACCAAUCACCGUCAACAACGUAAGGUCAUUUGCAGUAGUUCUCGUAUUGGAUCUAUCCAAACCUAAUGAACUGUGGAUGACUAUGGAGAAUCUUCUGCAGGCCACCAGAAACCACGUGAAUAAAAUUUUAGCCAAACUGGAAAAGGCAGAUCCUGAAGCAGCUGCUGAAAUUAAGCAGAAGAUGCAGAACAAUCUACAGAGGGAUCAUCCAGAUUAUGACUUGGUUGACCCUUUUCCAAUACCCUUGGUGAUUAUUGGAAGCAAAUACGAUAUAUUUCAUGAGUUUGACUCUGAAAUGAGGAAAAUAAUAAGCAGGACACUUCGAUUUGUUUCACAUUAUUAUGGAGCAUCACUGGCGUUUACCAGUAAAUCUGAGGCUCUCCUGCUGAAAGCUCGUGCUCUUAUUAAUCACUUGGCAUUUGGCUACGAUAGAAGCAAGUCCAUAUCAGUGGAUCACAGCAAACCACUAUUUAUCCCAGCAGGCCUGGAUUCACUGAGCCAAAUAGGGCCACCACCCACCUCUGACAGCAACAUUGGAAAGAUGCGUGCAAACACACCUUUAGAACUGUGGAAGAAGGUGUUUGAGAAGAUGUUUCCUCCCAAGAGUUUCAGUGAUUUACAAGACAGCAAGGACCCUGCACAGGACUCACAAUAUGCUGAGUAUGAAGUUGAUGUCAUGAGAGCUCAGAAAAACCAGGUUCUGGAUCAAAAACAACCAUGUCACUCAUUUGGUUGGUUCUAAAACAUCUGUCCUGUGUUGCAAUAAUGGGCUAAUGAACCAUGUCAUUCACAACUGGUGUCAUCUUUGGUGUCAGAUCUGACACUGUUAUUCACACCCCAUCGGUAUCUGAUUGUGGUUGGGAUCAGUUAAUCAUAUAUUGGCCAACAUGAGAACCAGCCAUAUUUUUCUCAGCAUUUUGUCCUGCUAUGAGCAUAUUGCAGAACUUCAGAAGAGCACUUCAGAUUAAACAAAAUAGAAGCUUUCAUGCUGUGCAGUGAACCUCCUGUCCAGUGCUAGUGGGCAGAGGGUUGUGACACUCACCGUUACAGCAGGAGCAUCUUUCCUUUUCUCCAGAGAAGUGCUAGUCUUCAUGUGAGGAAGGUUAUGUAGGGUGCUGAUACAGCUGCCAAGAGUAAGCUCUUUUGUGUUGGCAUGAAAACAUACCCAAGUGGGUACAGCACAGGCAUUUUAUUGUUGGUUUAAGAGCCUUAUUAGAGCACAGUUAUUAAACUUCUGCUGAAUCUUAAUUGCUUAUUUUAAUCCUAGUACUUGUUUCUUUUUACUGUCUUACAGACUGAGAGCAAGUUCAGUCAGAAACCAUAUUUAAAAAAGACAGUUAAAGUUGCAGUGCCAGUCUCUUAGGACUGAGGGAAUGAAACAAUUAAAGCUUUUCCUGCGAUCGUAAUUUUACUCCUUGUUUGUAGACAUUACAGUAUUGUCUUUAAUUACAUGAUCAUGUACUAUUUUGCUGAUGUCUCAGUUCAGUUGUUCAGCAUUUCUUUUCAUUAUACUCAUUCUUUGUGUACCUUAUUUCUCAACCUGCCAUUCAGACACUUCAGUGAACACAAAAGUAUUAAUUUUUUUCUCUAAGAAUGUGUGGUAAUGUUAUCUUAUCUGAGUGCCUCACAAACAUCAGUUAAGUCUUUCUUCUCAAUCCCUUUAUGAGAUAGCUGGGAUCUUCCCCAUUUGACAGUUGAAGAAUUUAUAGCAGCACAGAAGUACAGAAGCAGUAAGGUUAAAAAUAUAUAUAUAAAAGAAAGGAAAAAAAUUCACUUUUAGCCAGAGUUGAGGCAUUUAGGACAAGUUGCUGGCACACCAAUAACAUUUAAAACAUUCUAAGCACACUGAAAGUAAUUAUUAAUUCUGCACAUCUGAUCUGCAUGAUGUAUUUACCCCUUUUUGUAGCAUUUGAGAAAGCUGUUGGAACUGAAGUUAUUUUCUUAGCAUCAAAUAGGAUACAUGUACUUCUCAAAAUAUCCCUGUAUUCUCUCUACUUCUACUACCAAACUGCUGGAGGUUUGCCACCAGUUCCGAACGUUCUGAGAUCACAGUUACUUCAUAUUAAUAGUGAGGGAACGAAAUACUGAGUAUAGACUGGCUUAAAGAUGGAACAAUAUGCAGUCUCACGGGACUUGUAUUUCAUAAUGCAACUUAAUACAUUUAGACACAGUUUGUUCUGCAUCAGUCAUCAGUGAGUAAACUGUAAAACUCAACUCUUGUAAGCAUCAGAAGGAUAUGCACUAAUUAAAAAAUCCUGUUACUGCUCAGAAACCUGUGGUGCUUUCUGAUAGUUUUGCACUGCUGGUGAAGCUGCUGAAAUUACUGCCUGCAAGAGAAAAUUCAUUAGAGCUUCCUCACAGUUAUUAGGCAAUGAUUUUUCUGUCGCUCAUGUUAAACACUUGAGCAAUUUUGAGGAUCUCCACUGCAUUUAUACUUAUUGCUGCUUUAUGUUCAGUCCUUUUCCCUCCUUCCCCCUCCCAUUUUUCUUCUCAUCAUCCCAAGCUACUUCAACCAUAAGUGCAUAGACGUUAUUGUUUGUGACUCCUGGAGGCUAACUUUUCUUAUUUGCUUUGGCAGAUAAUUUUAAUCUGUAUUUUGUCUCUUUUUGGCUUGAGAGUAAAUUUCCAAAAGGAUGAAUGUUCUUUUCUGCUUAAAGCAUUUUGAGAAGAGGUGCUCCUGGUUUUUAAGUAAACUUAGGAGCAAGAAUAGAAAUACAUUGAAAUCUUACUGAAAGAGUUGUACUACUCCUAAAUUAGCAUGGCUCUUUUGAAGCUCAUACAAAAAGCUGCUUCAAGCUUCUCUUGAAGUGGUUGCUGUUAGCAUGAAUUCCUCAACAAACAAUGGAAACAACUAAUAAAAACCAGAAUUUUUGCCUGCUUAGUCCUACUCACAGCAGUAUGUUUGCACAGCCUGAUUCAGUAUCUUGACAGAUCAUAGAGCUGUCUAAAUGCAGACAUUUGCUUUUAGAAGCUUUUCAGGUAACCCAUUUUAAAUCUGACCUUCA